AUGAGAUGGUUUUCUAAAAGUUCUGGUUCACAACGCGCUUUAGUAGAGAAUAAGCUGAAAAUAAAGAAAAAACCAUUACUAUGGUCGCUAUUAUGCGCAACGAAGCGGUCAAGUUUAACUUUUAAGCGUCCCUUUCGAGAAAAUAUAGAUACUCAAAAGUCAAGGUGGGUUCAGCAACGUCGAAACUCAAGAAUAUCUAAUAACUUUGACACUAAUUUCUGUUCGUCUCUUGAGUCUCUAUCAAGUGAAUCGGGAAAUUAUAUAAAAACAUUUAAACGGGAUGAUCCAAUCGCUCCGACUUUAAAACAAUGUUCUAAUGAAUUACCUAUAGCUUAUUGUCCAAAUUGUCACACAAAUGUAGUUCCAGUAUAUCAAAAGGUUAUUUAUUCAAAUCAUGCGAUUAUGGAUAAUAAGGUUUCAGGAAGUGAAAUGGUUGAAAUAUCUAACGAAUAUACUGUCUACGAAUCUGUUUAUAAAAAUAGUUUACUUUCUAUUGAUACUAAUAUGGAUUGUGAGUUAACUGAGCGCAAAGAACUUCAACCAGUUGAAAAGGUACAAUUACCUUUGUAUUUCUUGCCAAUAGAACCGUUAGCCUUCAGUACUAUCGAUCGUAAAGCUAUUGCCUUCGAUGACUGUAAAACAGUGUACGACGAAGUUGCUUCCGAAAAUGAGGAGGACUCAUCUUCAGGGCACUAUGAUUCAUUACACUUUGUAAUGAUAAAACAAAACACCCGACCUUAUCGUAAGCGUAGCGCUUAUCCUGAAUCAAAUUCAUAUCAACAAAUGAAACGGAUGAGACGAGAGGUGUUCGUUUGUGAAGAAUAAAUGUAAUCUUGUCAAAGUAAAACUACAUAUUUUAUAAUAAUUGGUGGCAGCAUUUAUGUUUAAAAACACCUUCGGCAUUUUCUAACUUUCCUCGUCAAAAAUCACUAAGUUUUUAUUAUUUCGGUGUUUG